UUGGUGGUCGACAAGUGUAAUUGCUCGUUGGCAUAUGAUCUGAUUUGUUGUAUUAUAAUAUUUUCGUGAACAAUGUUAAUGCGCAUCAGUGAUUAUGUUUUCGAAACGUUGCUUGGACAGGGCACGUUCGGUUCCGUUUAUUUGGUACGACGAAAGAACGAUUCUAAGCCGUUCGUCGUAAAAGAACAAGCUUUGAAUGCCGUGAACGCUUUACCUUUUAAGAAUAUAUUAGGGGAAGUGCAAUGUUUGCACAAGUUGAGGCAUCCAAACAUAGUGGCUUAUUAUGGAGCAUGGAUAGAGGAUGAUCACUGCUAUAUUCUAAUGGAAUACGCGACACGAUGCACUCUGAAGGAUUUGCUGAGUAAACGUCCGAUGCCUCUUAAAGAGGAAGAUGCAUUGUACUUGUUCUCGCAAAUCGUUCUUGGCGUUCAUCAGAUACACUACAAGAAGAUUCUCCAUCGGGACUUGAAACCAGAGAACAUUAUGCUAACCGGAGGUCGCGGCGAUAUCGUUAAAAUCGGGGAUUUCGGUGUAUCGAAGAAUUUCCAAGAAUUAACCGAUCCGUCGAGAAUAUGUCGUGCUGGAUCAUUUUACUACAUGGCUCCGGAAAUGUUAAGGGGACAAUGCUAUGAUUUCAAAUGCGAUAUAUGGAGCAUGGGGGUUAUUCUUUACGAGAUGGUUACAAAACGACACCCGUUUCCUGGCACGAAUUUGACGGAAAUCGUGAAUAUGACGUGCAACGAGAAACCACGACCCCUUUCCAAGCAAACCUCGGCCGCUAUCGUGAAUUUGAUAUCAAAGAUGCUGAGAAAACAACCACCUUCCCGUCCGAGGACCGAUCAAUUGAUGACUUGCCCUCAUCUUGUCCCUUUUAUCGCCCGAAUAUAUUUGAAUCUAGGUCGGGUUCCACUUGCCCCGUGUCAGGGAGAUAAGAACAUUAUGUCGGAAGUAUUUCUAAAGUUUCUGAAGCCUCGCGAAAAGCGUAUAACAAUUUUAACGUGAUUAACUAACUCUUUGGAAAUGUGCCACGUUGAGCCGGAUGCACUUUGUGCGCGUAAAAGGAACAAUAAUUGGAGAUAGCAGGUAGAACGUGUAUAGUAUAAUUAUCACGAUGUUUAUUAUAUAUGUACACGACAACUCCUCAAUGGAAUUGUCCGACGAACGGUUAUCGAACCCUGCCUCUAUACCAGGAUCAAAAGCGUAACGACAGGAAGCAAAGACCGGAACUGCGGAAUGCUCGUUUUAUUUCAUCACGUACUACAUACCUCUCGAAAACCGUUCGGCCUCGUGUUUAGUUAGAAGAUCAUCACCCUUCGACGCGUUACAGUAUAUAAAAAAUCGGGACGACGAUCAGUGAUUUUCGCCAGUUAUUCUCUAAACAUUGUACAAUGUAUACCUCGGGAAAGCCGUGCAAUUUCUGUACUCGGUUUCUUGUCAAUCGGAAGUAGCAAUCCAGUCUACAAAGAAAAAAGAAAUAAAAAAUGAGACACCUGAAACACACAUGCUUUAUACGUCACUUCGUCGAACCGAUCGACGAGAAAUUAAGUUACUCCGUCUCUGUGUAUGCUGUUCAG